CCCCCCCCUCUCCCUCCUCCCCCCCCUCCUCUCCCUCCCUCCCCUCCUCCUCCUCUCUCCCCUCUCCCUCCUCCCUCCUCUCCCCCUCCCCUCUCCUCCCCCCCUCCUCCCUCCUCUCUCCCUCCCCCUCCUCCCCCUCCUCCCCCUCCUCCCUCCUCCCCUCUCCCUCCCCCUCUCCCUCCUCCCCCUCCCUCCUCUCUCCUCCCCCUUCCCCCCCUCCCUCCUCCUCCCUCUCCCCUCCCCCCUCCUCCUCCCCCUCCUCUCCCCCCUCCCUCCCCCCCCCCUCCUCCCCUCCCUCUCCCCCCCCCUCCUCUCCCUCCUCCCUCCCCUCUCUCCCCCCCUCUCCCCCUCCCUCUCUCCUCUCCUCCCCCUCCUCCUCCCCUCCCUCCCCCUCCUCUCCCUCCCCUCCCUCCUCCCUCCCCCCCCCCUCCUCCCUCCCCUCCUCCCCCUCCUCCCUCCCCCCCCUCCUCUCCUCCCCUCUCCCUCCUCUCCCUCUCCCCCCUCCUCCCCCCUCCUCCCUCCCCUCCCCCUCCCCCUCCUCCCUUCUCUCCCCUCCCCCCUCCUCCCCUCCUCCCUCCUCCCCUCCCUCUCCCUCCUCCCCUCCCUCCCCCCUCCCUCCUCCCUCCUCCCCCCUCCCUCUCCCUCCCCUCUCCUCCCUCUCCCCCCUCCCCCUCUCCCCCUCCUCUCCCUUCUCCCCUCCCUCCCCCCUCCCUCCCUCUCCCCCUCCUCCCCUCCUCUCCUCCCCUCCUCUUCCCUCCCCCUCCUCCCCUCUCCUCCCCCUCCCCUCUCCUCCCCCUCUCCCUCCUCCUCUCCCCUCCCCCUCCCCCUCCUCUCCCUCCUCCCUCUCCCCUCCCUCCCCUCCCUCCUCUCCCCUCCCCCCCUCCUCCCCCCUCCCUCUCCCCUCCCCCCCCCCCUCCUCCCCCUUCUCCCCCCCCUCCUCCCUCCCCCUCUCCCCCCCCUCCCUCUCCUCCCCUCUCCUCCCCCCCCUCUCCUCCUCCCCUCCCCCCCUCCCUCUCCCCUCCUCCUCCUCCUCCUCCCCCUCCUCUCCUCCUCCCUCCCUCUCCUCCCCCUCUCCCCCUCCCCUUCUCCCUCCUCCCCCCUCCCUCUCCUCCCCCCCCUCCCUCCCCCCCUCCCCCCUCUCUCCCUCUCCCCUCCCCUCCUCCCUCUCCUCUCCCCCCUCCUCCCUCUCCUCCUCCCUCCCCCUCUCCCCUCCUCCCCUCCCCCCCUCCCCCUCCUCCCCCCCCCCCUCUCCCUCCCUCUCCUCCCCCUCCUCCCCCUCCCCCCCCUCCUCCUCCCCCUCCUCCCCCUCCUCCCCUCCCCCCUCCCCCUCCUCCCCUCCCCCCUCCUUCC